UAUGUCCCUAUUUUGGGGGUUUUGCCCACCAACUAUUUUCUUUGAAGCCGGGAACCAAAACACCGAGUGUGCUAUUCCACAGGGAAGUAAAAGAGGACUGGGAUACAGGUUUGCAGAGCGGGACUGUUAGAAAUCAUUACUGAUGUCACAAACAGGGAGGUGAUAAACUAAAUGGGCGGCAUUGUUUUCAGCUUCGGUCCGAGGCAGAAAUGUGAUUUCAGUAACGAGAGAGUGCAUAUUCAGUAACUUGACCCCAUAAAGAGAAACAAAAACUACGUCAGUGACUACUCUAUCCACUGACCGCGGAAGUACAUCCCAACCGGAAAUCACAUACCCAAUCAUGUUGUCAAAUUUUUGGGUGGAGGACACGUGUUGUGGAAGUUCACAAGCCCCUGACAGCAAGAAAACAUUAAACAUAAUCCGUCUUACUUCUCAUGUGAACUUUGGUGGACUUGCUUGACUAAUACACGUAUACAGAGAUAUAUUUUUUGGCUAAAACAGUAAUUUCCUUUUCUGAGCAGCUGUUUGAUUCCUACGUAAUUCAUGUUUUGCUUUUAGUUUUACUAAAGCUAUGACUCGCUGGGCACGUGCAAACAAUGUGCACCGAAAGAAGCCUUUGGAUGCUACCCCUUGGAAUAAGCUGAAGCAAGACUUGGCAGGGGGGAAGGAGCAAAGCGGAGGGGGAAACGUGCAAGAGCCCAAUCAACAGGAUACUGAGCAGCGGAGAUCAGGGGCCGCGCUUGCUUCGGAUAAUGGAGCUAAAUCAAAUGGCAAACCGAAUAAGAAGAAAAAGGACUACGAAUACGAGGAUGUGAACGGAUUUAUGGAAUACUUGAGAAAAACAGGACAGUAUGUGCGAGGUGGUAAAGUGGUGAGAAGUAGCAGAGAAGUACCUGCAGGAGAGUUAACUCUGGAGAAGAAAGAUAGGCGCCGCGAGGUGCGAAGAGUAAAACGGCAAUUCAAGAAGAAAAACAGCAUGCUAUGCUUUCACUGCAGAAAACCAGGGCAUGGGGUAGCAGACUGCAAAGAAGUACAACAAGAUCAUGAAAUGGGGACUGGCAUCUGUUAUCGGUGUGGUUCUACAGAACAUGAUGUUAUUAAGUGUAAAGCAAAAGUUGACCCAGCUCUUGGAGAGUUUCCCUAUGCCAAGUGUUUCAUCUGUGGUGAGAUUGGACAUCUGUCAAGGUCAUGUCCUGACAAUCCAAAAGGACUAUAUGCUGAAGGUGGCUGUUGCAGGCUGUGUGGAUCUGUGGAACAUUUUCAGAAAGACUGUCCAGAACACCAGAAUUCAGGUGGUGGUAUAACUGUUGGUAGAUGGUCAAAUAAAAUGAGUGCAGAUUAUGAAGAGGUGACAACGUCUGUGUCUUCAGAGAAGAGAAAAUCUAAAGCUCCCAAGAUUGUGAAUUUUUAAACUUAAAAGUCAAAUGUUUAAAAUUUGUACAUAUUUGUAUACAUUUUGUAAAUAUAAGCAGAAAUUAAAUCAUUGAAAGAAGUUAAAAAUAUUGACAAAUCUAUUUUCUGUUAAAGAGCAUUUCCUGCAUAUUUUUUUUACGUGUAUGUAUUAACUUUUUUAUCUAGCUUGGUUGUUGUGCACAUCUGUUUCUCACUGAGUUGUAGAAAUUAGAACCUGUACUCAUUUUGUUCCAUUAACAAAAUAUAAAGCAGUGCAUUUUCACUUA